AUUCUACAAGAGAGAAGAAUGUUUAAAAAGUUCACAGAAAAGGAAAAUGUUUCUGGAAUAACACAGCUUAAAUCUUCAGUGCAGAAGGGCAUAAGGAAUUCAAUUCUAGAAACCUACCCGGACCUAGAACCCUAUAUAGACAAUUCUUCUCCAACAUUCAGAUUGGCUUUUCGGAGCAAAAGUUUUUUGUUCGCAGUUUUGAAUGAUAUUUUUCCCCUUGGAUCCGCUGGAUCCGUAAAUCCGCAUAUUUUUGCCUAUCCGGAUUCAGAAAGCCAAAAUGUUGUGGAUCCAACGGAUCCGGAUCCUAAGCACUGCCAGAAUUACCAGAUUUUUAAGAAAAUGAUUUAUUAUUUUCGUUUAUUUCAGGUUGUGAAAUGUCAUGAUCAUAUAGAACUUCUAGUUAAUUCAGGGGGAGAUCUUCUCUUCUUUAGACAUCAUAACGAGCAAUGGUGUCCCACUCUUCGUCUUCUACACCAGUAUCCGUUCCUUCUUCCUCAACAGCGGGUAGAUAAAGGAGCUAUUAUAAUUUUAUCUACUCUCAUAAAAGGUACGGUGGUCUCCGUAUUUGCUGAAGGGAAAUUGACAGCUCUGGCUGUUGGAAAAGCUGUCAUGUCGACAAAAGAUAUUGCAGAAAAAAACAAGGGUAUGGGUGUUGAGAACUACCAUUACCUAAACGAUGGUUUGUGGAAUAUGACCUCUGUCAAACAUUAGUCCUGUGAUCCCCGUCUACACGUGUUCCAGUCCAGGUUCUGCAGCAAUACACAUCAUACAUUGGAAAUUUUUUCUUUUUUUCUUUAAAUUAUGAAAUGUCGCCAAGUAUGUUGCAACAAAUACAAAUAACUAAAUUCCUUAGCCACAAUUUUUAUAUAAAAGAAAUAUAAAGAUUUCGAACUUUCUGGUUUCUAAUUAAAAAAUUGAACUUAAUUAACUAAUCGUAAUUUAUGGAAAUGGGUUUGUAUGAAAAUCUUUAACUCUAGAAAAGUUUCUAAAGAACAGAUAUUCGUUGCUUGUGGUAUUGGGCUGGGUACUUCUGUAGGUCUAAUUGAAUCUGUGUACACUGUAUUUCAGA